CCCGGACAGCGACGGCGUCCCAGGAGCUCCCUAUCCCGGUUCAUCAGAACCUUCUUUCAUUGCUCGGAGUGAAGACCGUUUGUUUAAACAUUUAUUCGAAGACUAUGAAAGAUGGGUCCGCCCGGUCGAACGUUUGAAUGAGACAAUCAAAGUGAAAUUUGGCCUGGCCAUUUCGCAGUUGGUGGAUGUGGAUGAGAAAAAUCAGCUCAUGACCACAAACGUGUGGUUGAAGCAGGAAUGGGUGGAUGUAAAAUUGAAGUGGGACCCGAAAGAGUAUGCUGGGAUAACAUCUAUCCGUGUACCUUCAGAUUCCAUAUGGAUUCCUGACAUUGUUUUGUACGACAACGCAGAUGGUCGCUUCGAAGGAACGUCCACCAAAACUGUUGUGAGGCAUGAUGGGACUAUUGCUUGGACGCCGCCAGCAAAUUACAAAAGUUCCUGUACCAUUGAUGUCACUUAUUUCCCCUUUGAUCUCCAGAACUGCUCCAUGAAAUUUGGCUCCUGGACUUACGAUGGAUCCCAAGUUGAUAUCAUUCUAGUUGACGAAGAAGUAGACAAGAGGGAUUUUUUUGAUAACGGUGAAUGGGAGAUAGUGUCGGCCACGGGCACCAGAGGGAACAGAACCGAUGGCUGUUGCUGGUAUCCCUUCAUUACCUACUCAUUUAUAAUUAGACGCCUGCCCCUCUUUUACACUCUGUUUCUCAUUAUACCUUGUAUAGGGCUGUCCUUUUUAACCAUCCUGGUCUUCUACCUUCCAUCUUAUGAAGGCGAGAAAAUCUCUCUGUGUACGUCAGUGCUCGUAUCUCUAACUGUCUUCCUUCUCGUCAUUGAAGAAAUCAUACCCUCGUCCUCUAAAGUCAUACCGCUGAUUGGAGAAUAUUUGGUCUUCACGAUGAUUUUCGUGACGCUGUCCAUUGUCAUCACAGUCUUUGCUAUUAAUGUUCACCACCGAUCUUCGUCAACGCACAACACUAUGGCGCCUUGGGUUCGCAAAAUAUUCCUCCACAAACUUCCGAAGCUGCUUUGUAUGAGAAGCCAUGUCGAUAGGUAUUUUUCUCAGGAGGAGGAAGCCAACAACAGCAACGGAUCGGAGCUUUCUCAGAACACCUUGGAAACAGCUCUGAAUUCUAUCCGGUACAUUACAAGGCACAUUGUUAAGGAGAAUGAAGUACGUGAGGUUGUGGAAGACUGGAAAUUUACCGCACAGGUGCUUUACUGA